AGAAAGAGAGAGAGAAAGAGAGAGCGAGAGACAGAGGCAGAGCUGGAGAGAUUGUGAGGGGCGGAGGAAAGAGAGUCUGUUCUCAGCGCUUAUCACACUCAGAGCAGUGCAGAGAGACAGUCGGAGUAACAGCGCUCACUCGCUCACUCAAUCAGCCGCAUUCUGUCCGAGCAAAGCCCGAGCCGCCCGAGCCUCAAGCAUGGUCUCUAUAAUCUCAGACCUGGACUCUCUCAAGAGCUGGAACGUGUUAAGGCAGGACGCAAGUGAUCUGACUGGAACUAUACAGAGUAACGGUACAGCUGGGAAGAUGAAUGGCGCCCUGGAACACUCGGACCAGCCUGAUCCGGACGCCAUUAAGAUGUUUGUGGGUCAGAUCCCUCGCUCCUGGUCCGAGAAAGAGUUAAAGGAGCUUUUUGAGCCGUAUGGAGCCGUCUACCAGAUCAACAUACUGCGAGAUCGUAGUCAGAACCCACCACAGAGCAAAGGGUGCUGUUUUGUCACAUUCUACACACGGAAAGCUGCCCUAGAGGCCCAGAAUGCACUGCACAACAUAAAGACCUUAACUGGGAUGCACCAUCCCAUACAGAUGAAGCCUGCAGACAGUGAGAAAUCAAAUGCGGUGGAGGACAGAAAGCUGUUCAUAGGCAUGGUGUCGAAGAAAUGCAACGAGAAUGACAUCCGGGUCAUGUUCUCUCCUUUGGGACAGAUCGAGGAGUGCCGUAUCUUGAGGGGACCAGACGGACUCAGCCGAGGAUGUGCGUUUGUCACGUUUUCUACCAGGGCUAUGGCACAGAAUGCAAUCAAAGCCAUGCAUCAGUCUCAAACCAUGGAGGGCUGCUCCUCCCCCAUGGUGGUGAAGUUUGCCGACACGCAAAAGGAUAAGGAACAGCGGCGACUGCAGCAGCAGUUGGCGCAGCAGAUGCAGCAGUUGAACAGCGCGUCUGCCUGGGGCAGCCUGACAGGCCUGACUGGCCUAACCCCACAGUAUCUGGCAUUGCUCCAACAAGCGACCUCCUCCAGUAACCUAGGAGCGUUCAGUGGUAUUCAACAAAUGGCAGGUAUGAAUGCUCUGCAGUUGCAGAAUCUGGCCACUCUAGCAGCAGCAGCGGCUGCAGCACAGAGCUCAGCCAGCCCGUCCACCGCUAGCGCCCUGACCUCCAGCACAGGGUCCCUGGGAGCCCUGGCCAGCCCAGCAGGUUCCACGGCUAACUCCAGUGUGGGUGCGAUGGGUUCCCUGGGUUCUCUGGGAACACUGCAGGGUUUGGCCGGGGCCACCGUUGGCCUCAAUAACAUAAAUGCACUAGCAGGUAGCGUCAACAUUGCUCACAUGCUCUCAGGUAUGGCAGCUCUGAAUGGCGGGCUGGGCAGCACGGGCCUGAGUAACGGGUCGGCCGGGCCCAUGGACGCUCUCACACAGGCCUACUCAGGGAUCCAACAGUACGCGGCUGCCGCCCUGCCCACCCUCUACAGCCAACACCCACUACAUUUAACAACGCUGAAGUGUAAAGUGAAAUCUAGACCUGAAGGAGCCAACCUGUUCAUCUACCACCUGCCACAGGAGUUUGGGGACCAGGACAUCCUACAGAUGUUCAUGCCUUUCGGAAACGUGGUGUCUGCCAAAGUCUUUAUCGACAAACAGACCAAUCUGAGCAAGUGCUUCGGUUUCGUCAGUUAUGACAAUCCUGUGUCAGCGCAGGCCGCCAUUCAGGCGAUGAACGGCUUUCAGAUCGGCAUGAAGCGUCUCAAAGUCCAGCUCAAGCGCUCAAAGAACGACAGCAAACCGUACUGAUCUUAGCACUAGGGCCUCUCUCAUGUUACACUGCUAGGAACUCAUCUCCAUGACUCUAUGCUCAUCGUUUGCCUAGCAUGUCUACGUGGUGUACAAAAAAAAAAGUCUCAUCGUCCCGUCAUUAUUUCUGAUGUCUUUCUGAGUUCUCCUGCUCAUAAUCUGGUCUCCUUUUACUGAUCUUUGUACUUUGAUCUUAGCCUGAUCUGUUUGGAAAAUUUUGCAUGUGACCUCAUUUUGAUCUUUUUUUUUUUCCUUUCUUGUUUUUGUUUUGUUUUUUGUUUGUUUAGACUGGUGAGGGUGGGAAUGAGGGAGGGAAGGAAGGGAGAAAAAAAAAAAAAAAAACAAUAAUAAUAAUGUGAAAACGCUGCAUUCACACUCUAGAGACAGAGUAUAUUUACUAACAUAACCAGAGCAUCAUUUUAAGAUAAAAGAAAAGAAAUAGAAAACAAAACAAACAAAAAAAAAUCCUGUGGCAAAACAAUUACGAAUAUUUGCGUUUGACUUUUUUAUUUGUCAGGUUGUUUUCUCUCUCUCUCUCUCUCUCUCGAUUGUUUUGUUUGUUUGUUUGUUUUUCAUUCAUUUAGAGUAAACUUGAACGUUCAAUACAGGGAUUGGCGUUGGGACUUACUGUCGGCAACACUCUUAAUUUGAGGCCUGCCGUAAGAAACCCAUGCUGGUUUCUAAACGAAUAGACUACUUCCACGCAGUUUUAAUAAUAAUAAUAAUAAUAAAAAAAAGCUGUCUGAUCGAUAUUAGAAUCUCUCAGAGCUUGCUCGUGGUUUUUACAUUUUUCAGGCAGUGUAAAGUUUUUUGAUAAGGCCAUUUUAAGUGGCUUGAUUUCUCAUUAAAGUCUAUAUAAAACCACUUUUUUCUAGAGUAGUAAAGGUAU